AUGAAGACCCCUGAAAAAGAAAAAGCUGAUGUUGACUGGGCAAUGCGGAGCCGUUUACAUCAACCGGUGGUCAGGCAAGCGGCAACAGUUACUCUGCCUCAGAAAGGUGAGGAGAAGCGCGUCCCACAGUUGUCUCAGAGAGUGAAUGAGAGGAAAUACAUUGGGGAUCCACGAGUGUGGGGGCUUUUUGCAAGUCGAACUGAACCGAGAUAUGAACCCAUUAACCGAGCAGUGUACCGAGUUACAAAUGAUGAGUUCAAGAUAUUCCAAAGGGCUUUAAAGGAAAAUACGAAGAAGGAAUUCAGCAUAGUGACUGGUCACAUCAUUACUAACAAAUUUUUCUUGGAGAUUGCGAAGAAACAAGAAUGGGUCGGCACUGAGCACAUGGAGGUUAUAAUGACAAUGUUGUGGCGUCGCCGAGGAGAGGUAUUGGUGAAAGACCGAGCAGUAUUCGUAGAGAGUGCCUUCACUUCACUUGUGGCUUCAAUGUACCCGGUAUUUAAGAUAUGCGAUGACAAAAGUGCGUUCGACUGGGGAAACAACAUUCGGAGCUUUGUUUCGGACAUUCCCGGAAGUUAUGUGGAAGUACUUGACCCCGUUACAUGGACCCAAUGUGCUAAGCACAUCCACCAUGCAUACGGGUGGGCGAGGACCGGUGGUCUGUAUCAAAACACUAGGGCUGGUGAUUGUGGACCUUGCGCGGCGAAGUUCCUAGAGAUGCACGCACACAGGCUUCACGAAGAAAUGUCUACGGUGACUGAUCAGGAUGUGGAUAGGUUUCGUGAGAAAUACGCUAUGGACUGUACGAGGAGUUCGUGGGGAAAGCAAACGUAG